CCUCUCAGACAUGUUUGCGACCGCGCCCGCGACGCAAUGCGCGACUGCGUCUCUCGCACGGCGAUGAGUAGCGACAGUAGCAGCGAGGCCUGCCAGUGAGUGCUCCCGCGUGCCAUGGAGGCCGCAGCGGCGGCGGCGUCGUCGUCGCCCGCGCCCUGCUCCCCGCACCUGAAGAAAGUGCUGAAGACGUACCAGUUGAGCGCCGUCAAGAGCCUACACGGACCGAGCACGGUGCUAGCGUCGGCGGCGGCGGCCACGGUGGGCGACGACGACGACGACGAGGAGGACGACCGCCACCGGCGCAGGGUCGACGAAGAGGCGGCGUCGACGUCCUCCUCGGACGCCGGCGGAUUCCGAGCGCCGCCACCGCUGCCCAUCCAGCAGCCGCCGCUGCUCGCGGCGGCCGACCAGUCGUGCAGCGAGCGGUCCGAGACGGUGCUCGAGGGGGAGACGAUCGCCUGCUUCGCCGUGGGCGGCGAGAAGCGGCUGUGCCUGCCGCAAGUGCUCAACUCGGUGCUGCGCGACUUCUCCCUGCAGCAGAUCAACCAGGUGUGCGACGAGCUGCUCAUCUUCUGCUCGCGCUGCACGCAGGACCAGCUGACGGAGCUGAAGGAGAGCGGCGUGCUGCCCGCGACGGCGCCCUCGUGCGGCCUCAUCACCAAGACGGACGCGGAGCGGCUGUGCUCGGCGCUGCUGCACCGCGCCGGCCUGCCGCCGCCGCCCUGCAUGCCCGACCUGCUCUCCAUCAAGGUGUACCACGAGUGCUUCGGCAAGUGCAGCGGCAUCUGCACGCCCGAACUGUACGCGCGCGGCAACGCCUACUGCAUCGAGUGCGCCGAGUGCCACGGCAUGUUCUCGCCGCAGCACUUCGUGUGCCACGCGCACCGCGCCCUCGAGAACCGCACCUGCCACUGGGGCUUCGACUCCAGCAACUGGACGCGCUACCUGCACGCGGCCGAGGACCAGGCCGAGCACGAGCGCCUCUCCAAGCUGCUGGACGCCUUCAAGGAGCAGGCGUCCAGUGGACCGCCCCCGCAGCCGCCGCCCGCCUCCCUCAAGCGCAAACAGUUUAAACCCACUUCUGCGACGGAGUAUGGAUUCGAUCCCGUGCUCGCUGCUAGUGGCAGGCUUGGUAAAAGACACAAACCAUUCUGGUAUGAGCCGCUGCAUCACUACAAGUACAAGGAGGCGCCGGCGCUGGACGCGUGCAAGGAGCCGUCGGAGGCGGCGCUGAAGCGCGUGCGGCUGGAGCCGGCCGACUGCGGCGCUGCGACCGCGGCGGCGGCGCCCGCCGUCUACGCCGUCUACCCGGAGCAGCUGCUGUGGUGCGACGCCUGGGGGCCGCGCAUCGCCUUCCGGCCCUGGCCCCUGCCCCUUGCCGCCACCGCCAAACACAAGGCCGCAGCCCUCGCCGACAGCCUGCCGCCAGUGCCCGCGUACCUGAGCCACAGCCCGCCCGUGCUGCUGCACCCGGAGAGAGUCGUCCCACUGUCCGACAGCGAGCGCUUCGAGCGCAGCUUCCAGCCCAACGUCGCCCUGGCGCCCGUCGUGCGUCCCAGGCAUGACGACUCCAAGCCCGACGUGAAAAUGGAAGCUGUAAGUGAUGAGCUGCAUGAAAAGCAGUCUGCUAUAAUAGUGCAACCCAAUCCUGUGCCUGGCCACAAUCUGCAGCUACACUAUAAUCCUGAGAUUGAACUGUCAACUGACACAGAUGAUAGCUUAUCUGAUGCAGCCUCACUGGCCAGGGCAAACAAGGAUUGUGUGGCAGAGGCGUUGGAAGCCGUAUCCGAUGACCUAACAGAGGACCAGCGCAGUCGUGUUGCGAGGGUUGUGGGUCGCAUGGCUGAGUCAAUGGAGCGGCUGAGGUCCCACAACCGACUGCUGGAGAAGGAAAAUGGGCUGCUGAAGCAGAUCCGAAUACUGCAGAGGCACAGCACACCCGCGGAAGGUCAAGAUGGUCCUACGGAAGAAAUAUCAAAACUGGAGAACGAGUUGGCAGAGGUUGGAAGCAAAAUUCUGAGGUUGGGCUUUCGUCCACAGAAAAUCCAGACUGGUGGCGGCAGCCCUGUGUCAGUCAUAACUUCUCCCCCACUCAUCAUUAAGUCUGAGCCACAAACAUCUGACUGAACCAGUCCAUUGAGAAUCGAAGGGAGUUUCCUCCAAAACUGUAAAAUGGAUAUCUGUUUACAUUUAUUGCUCAUCAAUGUUUAUGGAUUCAACGUGCCGAGCCAGUAUGCUAUAGUGGGGCAACUAGGUGGAACGUGAAGACAGUCAUAUUUUGUAUGUAUAACUGAAAAAUGAAGGGCUUUUGUAUAUUUAAUUUGUACUGCCAGAAUGUCGAGUAAAGGUUUUUGCUCCAAGUAGAUGAAAUAGGACAUCACACUGAGCAUUGAGUGGCAAAGCAAUGCAGUGCCUAAUAUUAUUUCCUGUUUUCUUGAUAUAAGCUUUGUCCUCACGGUAGCUAAACUAGGAGGAGAUAUUAAGAAGUUUUUUAACGAGGUUAAGAGAGAAAUAAACCUACUGGCAAAUAUUUUUAUCAAUUUGAAAGUACAAAACUUAGGUGCUGUAUUUUCUCAGCACCAUUAAAUAUAUACAUGUAUUCUCUUUAUUGCAAAUGUAAGUAAUGUAUAUUCGUGUGCUAGUAUUGAGUAUCAACAGUUUUAUAUCCUGUAAAUGCAGGUAGUUUCAAAAUAAAUUAGAAUCUUUAUCUAAAGCAACUUGUAAUGCUGUCCACUACUGUUUGCAGUUUCAUUUGUGAUCUCAGACUAUCUGCUGUUGUCAAGCAGGUAGUUAAAAGUGGCACAACUUUGCCCGCAUUGUGGGCUGAUAAAUUUGUAGCUACAUACUUUUAUUUGUAAGCAUGCAGCUGCGCCAUUCCCUGCUUCAUUAAAGCUGUACAAAAUGUAGGUAAAAUAUUUCCAUUCAAGUAGUGCUUACAGUUCUUACUAUUAAAAUUUCUGAUGUUUUUACAUGGGGGUUCGUACAGUCUGCUCACACUACUCCCCAAUCUUUGUCUUUUCUUUACUUUUCUUCUGCUGUUUUGUUCUUAAUCACACAUAACGGACCACUACCAGGACUCCACCAACAACAAAAUCAUGUUAACAACAUUUGCAGCACAAGAAAAACUUGGCCUCUGAUGCUCGAUCACUGCCACAAAUUAUUAUGCAGGACAAAAGUAAUAUGAUCCUUGUGUGACCUGAUUUAAACAGUGAAUGAUGCACACUUGACAAAUUUGUUUCUGCAAAGCUGUAAAUUGGUAUCAAAUGUACCUGUCUUUGAUAGUCAGUCUUGUAAGUCAUAUAAUUUUGUAACUCAUUUCAAAACCAAACUGAGAUGUUUUAGUCAUUGUGGCUGUAUUGUAGCUACUCACUAAACUAAUCAGCAAACCACGUGCAUCAGCACAAUUGUCAUGAUACCACUUACGCUUGUUGAAAACAAUAAGUGAAAUGUGAUAUGUGCACUUCCAGAUGAAUGAAUGUUGAUCAGAGACUCUGACCACAUUCAUUUUUGGGUAAGCACAUCAAAUGAAAUGGAAAAAAAGAGAAUAAAUAUAGAUUAAGAUGUAUGAAAACAUAUCUCUCUCUCUCUCUCUCAGUAUCUGUGUGUGUGUGUGUGUGUGUGUGUGUGUGUGUGUGUGUGUGUGUGUGUGUGUGUGUGUGUGUAAGUUAUUAAGUUUUUGAUAUUUUACACUGAAAAUUAUUUUGCUCAUAUAACUUAUUUAUUUUCACUCAUAUCCUUGCAUUUCCUGCCAUGUAAUAUGUUGCUAGAUUUUUAUUUUACACAAUCAAUAUUGAAAAGGUACCUGUAGAUUCAUUAUUCGUUCAGUCUUAGUUUUGAGGUGAU